GUUAACACGUGGUACUAUCUAGUACUCGGCUAUUCUCGACUCCUGUCGUAGCAAUGAAUAACUGAAAAUUAGCAGUUGCAUAAAAUAAUUUGUACCCAUUGAAAGCAUGUUUUGAACCAUUUUUGUUUACACAUUACUAUUGAAAUUUCAAUUUUGUUCGGCGUAGAUGUGAAAGUUUGAUGAUUUGUCGUGUGCUGGAAACUUGAAGCUAUUGCAAAUCUAUAAUAUGUCGCAAUACGAGGAUGCCAUUAUCGAAGAUAAAGGAAACAAUGACAUUAGUGCAACAAACUCAGGGAUUCGUCAUAGAAUUCCAUGGAGUGAUCGUGUAUCAUUAAAUAGUGAAGUACCAGGCUUACAUGAAGUUAAAGAAUUAUUAGAUGAUGAUGAUGCGAGCUGCUUAGCAGAAGAAGAAGAUGGAGUUGGUUGUCCAUUACCAUCAACUCCUGAAGAUGAUCAUCUUCUGGAUUGUGAGAUGACAGAGGUUCUCAAGGCUGGUGUAUUGAGUGACGAAAUUGAUCUUGGUGCAUUAGCACACAAUGCUGCUGAACAAGCAGAGGAGUUUGUGCGCAAGGUAUGGGAAGCAUCAUGGAAACAAUGCCAUUUCAGAAAUCUUCCAAGAUGGUUACAAGAUAAUGAUUUCUUACAUGCUGGUCAUAGACCACCUUUACCAUCAUUUUAUGCCUGUUUUAAAAGUAUAUUUCGUAUUCAUACAGAAACUGGAAAUAUUUGGACUCAUUUACUUGGAUGUGUGGCAUUCAUUGGCAUAGCAAUAUUUUUCAUAACACAACCUCCUAUAGAAAUACAAUUAGAGGAGAAAUUGGUAUUUGGUACCUUCUUUGCUGGUGCUAUAAUGUGCUUGGGAAUGUCAUUUGCUUUUCACACGGUACACUGCCACAGUGAAUGUGUUGGAAAGUUAUUUUCAAAAUUAGAUUAUUGUGGAAUAGCCAUGUUAAUUAUGGGUAGUUUUGUACCAUGGCUUUACUAUGGGUUUUACUGUGAUUAUCAACCGAAGAUGAUUUAUUUGUCAGUGGUUGUAAUACUUGGUGUAACGAGUAUAGUUGUGUCACUUUGGGAACGAUUCGGUGAACCAAAUUAUAGGCCAUUAAGAGCAGGUGUUUUUAUGGGAUUUGGUCUUAGUGGGGUAAUACCAGCAGUUCAUUAUGCUAUUGCAGAAGGCUGGUUUAAAGCAAUUAGUCAAGCAUCUCUUGGUUGGUUAAUAUUAAUGGGAUGUCUAUAUAUCUUAGGAGCAUUGUUCUAUGCAUUAAGGGUACCUGAACGAUUUUUCCCUGGCAAAUUUGAUAUUUGGUUUCAGAGUCAUCAAAUUUUUCAUGUGCUGGUAAUUGCAGCUGCUUUUGUUCACUAUCAUGGAAUAACUGAGAUGGCUAUGUAUAGAAUGACAAUAGGAGACUGUACAAAUCCAUCGCAGGUGAUAGCUUUUUAAUUGUGCAAUGGACAUAUUGAACAUGUUGUUGGAUUUCAUUUAAUGUAAUUUUACAGAGACUUAAAAAAUUCCUAAAUCUUUGUAUGUCAGUAGAUCUGUACUAUUCAAAGAACUGCUGGAAACAAUAUCAUAAAAAUGAAUGAUAUAAAAAUUAUUAUACUUUAUUAUAAUUAAAAAAGAAUUUACGAAAACCUUUACAAAGAUUAAAGGAAAAACAAUAAAAUACUAUUUGUGAUAAGGGAGAUUGCUAAUAUGAAUUUAUAAAGUUUAAUUAGAAACUCCGUAUGCAUCAGUAAAUUUAAAUUUAUGAAAACAUGUUGACUUUAUAUCCAAUAAUAAUGAGCACAAUAUUUCAGAUGUAUCACAUUUACCAAAAACUUCCGCAGUACAAAUUAAUGCGUAUGUUAAGCAAUGAAAAAUAUUUAUUAUAAUGAUUAUGGGAACUAUAAAAAAACUAUAAUUUUUUUGUAUCACGUCUGUGAAAAACAAGAAAAUGCAGUAACACUGGUUUUCCAGUCUGUACAUAUUUAAA